AUGUGACUAUUUGCCCUCUAGACAUAUUAGAUUGGAGGUAUAUGGACACAAAAGAUGAUUUAUGGACAUAUACACAGGAGAAAUAUGCUAUCACUGAUGAUGCAAAAGAAUGGGUGUUAGAAGUAAUUGGAUCUGCUUGGAGAAGACAUAAAUUUGAUUUGAAGAAAUUAUGUUACAAACCUUGUACUAGUCAUGAAGUUCUAAUGGCAAAAACGACCUCCUUAUGUUCCAGAAUGUCAACUUAAGGAACUACUCAAAUAUUGGGACUCCGAUAAACAUAAGAAAAUGUCUGAAACCAAUACUAAGAAUCGGAAAAAGUUGAAGAAUCCACAUACUGUUGGAAAAAUAAGUUUUGCUUUAGUCCCCAAUAAUUUGGAGAAAAAAAAGGAAACUUCUGUAUCACUUAAGGAGCUAUUUGUGGUUACAAGAACAAGACACCCCGAACGUUUGUACAAGGACACAAAUGAAGACACCAUUAGUAAAAUUGCUGAAAUGGAGGAAAUUGAAAAACAACAAAGUGUAGAUGGUAGUGAGUCUGUUGAUGCAUUUUCUUCUGUAAUGGGUCCUGAACAUCCAGGACGUCUUAGAUUAUAUGGACGGGGAGUUACAAAGAGUUCUUUGAAAAGGAAAGCAGGCAAUUCUGAACCAGUUUCAACUACCACAAAUGAUGCAGUACAACAAAUGGAAGAAAGGAUACAGAAAAUGGAGGAACAAAUGGAGGAGAAAAAGAGAACCAUUCAACAAGAUGUUACUGCAAAUAUAAUUGCACAACUUCAACGUGCGGGAUUAAUUAAUGCCGAGGUACUAGCAGCAUUAUAA